GUGUGUGUGUAUGUAUGUAUGUACCACCUCAGGGAGGACCCUCUCAUCUGCCCCUAUGAAUUGUGGUGAGGCGAGAGAGAGAGAAUCUGAGUUUGGCUACAUGAGCUUGUGUCCAUGUCUGAUGCAUUUAAUUUUGUAAGGGAGGGUGUGCGCCAGGCACCUACCUCUGGGUAAAUGUGUCUGUAUAUGGAUCUUCGUAUAUAUGUAUCUCUUUGUAACGAUACCUGCCUCUGCCUGCCUGUGGUUUCCUAGUAUGUGCAUAUCCCUUAGUAGGGGUCUGGGUGUCCUCGUAUGUCUGUCUCUCUGGGUAUAUGCGGUCUGACUGUGUCUUUGUUGAUCUUGCCUGUCUGUGUGCACGUGCAUGCUUGUGUGUGGCCUCUGGGUCUGCCUUUGCCCCCCGCCAGCCUGGGUAUCUGGCCAUCCCUGCGUGGUACCACCUCUGUACGGGCACACCUCAGUGUGCCAAGAUGGACUCAUCAUGAGGAGAUGUGUGUAAGUGUGUAAGUGUGUGCGUGGUGUUUGUGCCUAUCGCCAUCUCUGUGGGCGCCCACGGAUCUCAGGGUGUGAGUCCCUGUGCUCUUCUGUGUAUCUUUCCAAGUGAUGGCAAAACAGCAGGAUGUGGUUUGCCCAGACCUUCUCCCUUGGGUGGCAGCCAGAGUGAUGUUAUUUCAUAAGACACCUGCUCUGUGCCCCUGCCUCGGCCUCAGGUGGACCCCCAGGGGUGGCCUCUUCUUUGCCACUCAGUUUGUUUGUAUUUGACCAGAGCAAUAACCCACCCUCUUGAGGCAGCCGUCCAAUGAGCCGUGGGUCCCAGCCGUGGACCUCUGGCUAGGGUUGGGUGGAGAGGGGCUUAGCGAGGGUGUUCUGCUGCAAAAGACCAUCACAGACGACCUCCCCUCCCCCUCGCACACACAUAUCUGACCCUAUCGUGGGUGCCAGGCUGUGUGGUGCUAUCCUGGGGCAGCCUUGGGGUCUGCAGUGUCUCCCUUCAUUUGAGCGUACCCACAGCCAGGCGGUCACAUGUGUGUGCAUGUGACAUGACUCAUGCAUCAUCCCAGCGGCCCUGGGGGCCAGGGUUCACUGUGAAUGUCAGCAGCAGACGGUGGGUGGCACAGAGGAGCGAUGUGGGAAGGGUGCUGGGGGAGUACCCAGACGCCACCGGAGAGGUCCUGACCUCAAAUCAACAUGUGCCCUAGGCCUUGUGUGGGAGAAAAGUGUACCCGGUUGGGAGGAGGGUCUGAUAGGCAUUUCUGGGUGACUGUGUUGACUGGAGGGAGAGACUAAAUCACCAAGUGCCCUGGCACCCCUUCUUCAAAUCGCCUCCACACCUAGUUCCUUUGUUCCUCAGACCCAUUCCUGUCCUGCCCUUUCCUCCUCACCCAGCCAUAAUUCCCACUUCACAGAUGAGGAAACAGGCUCAUAGACUAAGUGUACAGCCCAAGGCCUCAGAGUUCAAUGUCUCUGGAACUCCAGUGCAGGCCUCUGGACUGCAGGUCUGGGAGGGAUGGUCUGCCACAAUUCCACAUUCCUCCACCUUCUCCUCCCCUCCCCUGGGAACCCACAUAGGGGUGAGGGGCUUCUGUGCGUCUGAGAAUUCUAGGAAGAGGCCCCUCCUCUCUCCACCAGCCCUCCCCUUCUGGCAUCCCCAUUACAAAUAACUCAUUAGAUUAAAGAUUGAGCUCCCAGCUCCAACACCUCCGGAGGUUCCCCACAAGGCCUGAAGGUCAAAAUCCCCAGUAUUCACUGCAGAGCCUUCCAGCCGCAGGCACCGCCCCCUCCCCUCCACACCUCCACUCUGCCGUGACUUCGUGAACCUGCCCUGCACUUUCAGCUUGGGCCAGGCCCACCCACUGCCUGGGAUGCCCCUGUCCGGGUGAAACUUCACUUUUCCUGCAGUGAAACCUAAUAGACUCUCCCCCGCAGACCUACGGCUUUCCACGCGCUCCUGUGUGAUCCCAAAGCAUUUUGCUGGUGCCUCCCUAGCGCCCUGCUUGGCUCUCGCCUGUGAGCUCCUCUAAGAACUGACCGGUGCACGUGAUGAAUGAAUGACUCUGUCCCUCCCGCUGGCGGGACACCUUUCCUGAGGUCUCGCCUCCGUCGCUCCGGCUGCAGCGCCCGCAGCGGAGGAGGUCGAGCGCGCGCGCUGGGCGACAGCCGGGGCAGGUGAGCCCCGGGGCGCCGCCACCCGGCCCGCCACCCCGGCCCUCGCCGGCUGCUGGCGCCUCUUCGCCCCGGUUACCGCUAGUGGCUGCUGUCGCUCAGUGGAGCCCAAGGAGACCGCGGCCAGAGCGUCCACCGCGCAAGAUGGUGGCUCCCGAGUCUCCGCCCGGCCUCCAGCGCCCCCAGCCCCCUGCUGGCCUCCCUGCCCCUGCCUGCCAGGCCUCUGCAGCCCCCGCUGGACUUCAAGCACUUGCUCGCCUUCCACUUCAAUGGCGCCACCCCGCUCAGUCUCACCCCCAACUUCAGCACGUUGUGAUUCUUGUGAAUGAGGAAAACAACAACAACAACCAUCCCGAGACCAGAGGGGCUGCAAGAGAUGCCAAGAUGGACCCAAUCCAGAAAGCUGUCAUCAGCCACACGUUUGGGGUCCCCUCCCCUCUGAAGAAGAAGCUCUUCAUUUCCUGUAACAUCUGUCACCUGAGGUUCAACUCAGCGAACCAAGCUGAAGCACAUUACAAAGGCCACAAACAUGCCAGAAAACUCAAGGCUGUCGAAGCCGCCAAGAGCAAGCAGAGGCCACAAACCCUGGCCCGGGAUGGGGUGCUGGUGUCCCCCACCCUGACUCCAGCCAGUGGAUCCCCUGGAGAGCCGCACAGCAAAGCCGUUCCUGCAGCCCCACCCCCUGGCCCCCAACUCCAGCCCCCGCUGACUCUGGACCCCACGCCGAGGGAGCCGGCUCACUCAGAUCUCUUGGAUGCUGCCUCCUCUUCCUCUUCUUCCUCCUGCCCACCCUGCUCCCCAGAGCCUGGGAGAGAGGCACCAGGGCCUGAGCCCGCAGUGGCUGCUGUGGGAAACGGUGUGAACGGGGAGGGCAGGAGCGAGAAGGGGCGCCUCUAUUGCCCCACGUGCAAGGUGACAGUGAACUCCGCCUCCCAGCUUCAGGCUCACAACACAGGAGCCAAGCACCGGUGGAUGGUGGAAGGUCAGCGAGGUGCUCCUCGAAGGGGCCGGGGCCGCCCUGUGCCCCGGGGAGGCGGACACAAGGCCAAGAGAGUGGCAGGGGGCCAGGGCGGCCGACAGGGGCCCAGCCCCCCCUUUCACUGUGCCCUGUGUCAGCUCCAGGUCAAUUCGGAGACCCAACUCAAGCAGCACCUGAGCAGCAGGAGGCACAAAGACCGCCUGGCUGGGAAGCCCCCCAAGCCCUCCAGCCAGCACAGCAAGCUGCAGAAACAUGCAGCGCUGGCUGUGAGUAUCCUCAAGUCGAAGCUAGCCUUGCAGAAGCAACUCACCAAGACACUUGCAGCCCGCUUCCUGCCCAGCCCGAUCCCCGCCGCUGCCGCAGCCAUCUGUGCGCUGCCAGGGCCCCUGGCCCUCAGGCCUGCCCCCACAGCAGCCACCACCCUCUUCCCAGCUCCCAUCCUGGGCCCGGCUCUGUUUCGCACCCCAGCAGGAGCCGUCCGCCCUGCCACAGGGCCCAUCGUCUUUGCCCCCUACUAGGCUUCCUGGGGAGGCCGGGGCUUGGCACCCAGCAGUCGCCGCUGUCCUUGCCUCCUCUUCCCGAGAUGCCUCAGUUUCCUCCAUCCCCUAGGAGACUGCUAUUUACAGCCAAAGCUUCCUGCCCAAUCUAGGAAGAGCUGGGCUACUUUUAAGGGCAGCUGCCCUUUGCCCAGUCUGGACUACGGAUUCAACUACAACCCUCCUGGCCCAAGACCUUCCAACCCUCCUCUCCCCAGCCUCCUCAGGCUGGCACUGGGCUCCCCUGCAUUGCCCAGCCUGCUUUGCAGGGAGCAAACUGAGAAAUCCCAAAGAUCUAUGCAAAAUCCUAGCCCCAGCCCCAUGGUGCUCUCUUUUCCCCCACCUGAGACCUAGAACCCCAUGGUCAGAGGUCCUAGGAAUCUUAACUUUGAGCCUGGCAAGAAGUCUAGAGAAGAGGCCCUCUCCAUUCACUGGACUCUCUGGAAAAGGCAGAUGGGGUCUCAAGCUAGACAGGGUUCAAGGCUAUCUGGACAAGGUGACCCUGGGGGAGUGGAAGAAGACUGUGGAGGAGAAAGGGGGGGCAGGGAGCAAAGCCAGGGUGGGGCUGGGGCUGAGAGAUUUUGGGGUUCCUCUGCUGUGAUCAGACAGGGCUGGGAGAGGGGGAGGGGAGGGUGAUUUUCUGGCUGGGCCCAGUUUUAACAGAGGUCAUCAAUCCCACACAAGCUCUCUCCUCAGCCUUUCACUGAUGUCUCCUGAACCCCAGCUGGGGGUGGAGGGUGGUGGUGGGCAUUGGAUCUCUCCAGACUAUGGACCCAGCUAACACCAACCCCCCCUCCCCCAGGGCUCCCAAAAGAAGAGCUUUCCCCUCAGGCUCCCCACCCCAAACCGGUCCCCAGCACUAAAUCCAGCUUCCCCUCCUCCCAAGCAGAAUCCUGCCCCCUCACUGUGAAGCGGAGUGUUGGGAUCCAGGCUGACACACUCAAGACCCAUUUUCAUGCUGUCAAAGUUAAUGUCACAACCUCCAUCCCACCCCCCAGCACUGCUCUGUCACCCCACAAUAUGGGACUUUGCCAGUAUCCACCUGUAUCUUUUCCUUUUUUAGAUAUUUCCAAUGGGAGGACAAGAAGGGGGGAGGGGAGGGGAACCUUUUGAUAACAGUUGUGGUUUUAUUGUGUCCAAUGCAUCAAUAAAUGAAUUCAAGCCCGA